AUGUUCAGCAUCGACACUGUGACCGGCUUCAUCUGUAGAAACUGCGAUCAGAAGGACGGACGCUGUUACGAUUAUCAAGUCCGCUUCUUGUGUCCACGCAGGUUCUGUGUCCAGGCCAAGUGCUGGACACAGUGGUUUGACAGAGAUAACCCCUCUGGCACCGGAGAUUGGGAGACUUUAGCCUCUCUUCAGUUCUCUUACCCGGAGCAGAUCUGUGCUGCUCCUCUACAGAUCCAGGGUCAGACCACCACAGGCCUUCCCGCCUCCGCCUCCGGAAACGUUCUCUCUGCAUAUGACACGACUGUGGGCCUCAUCUGUAAAAACUCUGAGCAGCAGAGGGGCCUCAAAUGUCAUGACUUCCAGGUUCGCUUCCUGUGUCCCCCUGACUUCUGCAGACCCAAAGACUGCUACACAGACUGGUUUGACCGGGACGACCCCUCCGCCACUGGGGACUGGGAGACUCUAUUUGCCCUCCGAGCAGAGUAUCCAGGACUCAUCUGCCCCAACCCUCUGCAGAUCCAGGUGCAGACUAUAAACGGGUACAGCGUGGCCGCCACCGGGAACAUCAUCACCACGGCGGACGUGGUGAAUGGUUUCAUCUGUCAGAACUCGGCUCAGCCCUCAGGCCUGUGUCACGAUUACAAAGUGCGCUUCGUGUGUCCGAUGGAUUUCUGUCAACACAAAGUUUGCUGGACGGCCUGGUAUGACAGAGAUAACCCUAGUGGCACAGGAGACUGGGAGCUUCUGUCUGAUCUGAAGAAACUUCAUCCAAACGAGAUCUGUGAGACUCCUCUGCACAUCGACGUGAGGACUGUGGGCAGCAACCUGCCCCUCACAGUCACUGGACAGGUCCUGCACAUCUACAGUCCCACUGAAGGAUUCGCGUGUCGUAACGAGGACCAGACGGGCCGUGGGUGCAGAGACUACAAAGUUCGCUUCGGAUGUCCCUGUAAAUACAUUGUGGACACAGACUAG